AUGCGUCAAACACAGAUACUGAGCACUUUGCUCGCCUGCGUGGCAGCUCAGAGCGAGCGGAAUUGGGAGAAGCAAGGCGAGAUUUUUUACGAUACUGUCAAGUAUGGACCGGAGAUUGAGCUGGUUCAUUUGUACUAUGAUGAGUUCCCAACUGGCAUUGCCGUCUCCUGCGAGGGCAGGAAGUUCAGCAACUAUCCAGCUGGCUUGGACAUGAACAACACGAACAGUGGAUCGAAUGGGAAGUAUGGCAUUGCAGAGUUGAUUGGGAAUAAGAGUGAAAGAGCUUGGCCCAGUGCAGAGAUGAAUAAUCCUCCAGGCGGAUCGAUCAACUACACCACAUAUCCCCCAUCUGGUGCCAACUACCAGCAAUACAUCAUCGCACCACAAUCCAUCGUCGUCGACGUCCUUAAUCGCGCCUGGAUCCUUGACACCGGCCGCUCCCAAACCCCCAACGGUACUCUCGUUCCAGCCUCUUACGGCGGGCCCAAACUCAUCGGCGUCGACCUCAACAAAAACGACACCAUCAUCCAGACCAUCGUCUUCCCCACCACCGUCGCCUACGCCGACAGCUACCUCAACGACGUCCGCUUCGACCUGCGCCCCAACAUCACAGCAUCAGGAAAAGGCGUCGCCUACAUCACCGACUCCUCCGUCGAAGGCCGCAACGGCAUCAUCAUCGCCGACCUAGGCACCGGUCAAUCCUGGCGCCACCUCGACGGCUCCCCAACCGUGCACCCCCAACAGCAAAACCUCCCCUACCUCUGGGGCAUCCCUCUCUACGGCUUCCAGCCGGGAGCGCCAUACACGCACAUCCCCUUCGGCAGCGACGGCAUCGCCCUCUCCGCCGACAGCGACACGUUAUUCUGGAAAUCCGUCGGCGGCCGCUACAUGUACAGCAUCCCGACCACGUACCUCCGCUCCACGGCCCCCAACUCGGACCUCCUCGCGCAGCAAAACGUCCACAACCUGGGCCAGAGCGGCAUCUCCGACGGGAUGGAGACGGACUCCAACGGCCUCGUGUACUACGGCAAUAUGGAGCAGAAUAGCAUUGGAGUGUACAAUCCCAAGAACGGCACGCAUGGGAUUUUCGUGCGGGAUCGCAGGUUGAACUGGUUGGACACGUUUAGUGUGGGCUGGGAUGGGUAUUUGUAUUUCACGAACAAUCAGUUGGUGUUUGGGGCUGCGACGGUGCCGGGGACGGAUCGCAGGCAGAGGCCGUUUUCGCUGUGGAGGGUGAAGUUGCCGGAGGGUGGGAGGAAGACUGGGUUGGGAGCUGCUGGGAAUUCGACUGGGAGGGGGUAUCAGUUGAGAUGA